ACCUCUGCUGUUCCGGUGGAAGGAGGCUUAACGACUCUCGAAAGAAAUAGUAAAAGAAAUGUUUCCAUCGGAAAAGCAGAGCACUGCUUGAGAGAACCAGCCAUUUGGAAUGAGUAGAGCAGAAGGUGUCGUUUUAGUAAGACAUUAAUGGUGUGUCUUCGGCUAAACAAUAGCCGAUUUCGCUGUUUUUGUCGUGGGCCGGUUGGUUGUCGUGGGAUCUAGCCUAACAAUGAAGGCCUAACCUUCGUACUCGGUGGGAUUUAAUCCUUGGAUUGAUCUGUCGACAGAUAACUGCGCAUCGUGGAAAAAGGUUUAGGUAUGGCCUCCCAGCUGCAGGUGUUCUCCCCUCCCUCUGUGUCGUCCAGUGCUUUCUGCCGAGUGAAGAAGAUGAAGGUCGAGAGCUGUGCAUGGGAGGUGUCGACUGAGCCCUACGGCUCCGUGGGUCAGGCCUAUGGCUUCACGCCGUCGGCCGCCCUGCCCUUCAACUCCUCUGGCCUGGUGUUCCCACCCGCCGGGGCGUCCCGCGGGCAGGUGGUGGUGCGGGCAGCGGACAGCACCGGCAGUCUCCCCCGCACCUCCCACAACAACAACAACAACAACAACAACAACAACAGUGGCGGCAGUGGCAGUCAGCACGGCGACUCCCACGGCAGCCGGGGGCAGAGGUACGGUGUGAAGCGGAAGAACGAGGAGGUGGACUCGUCGAGUGGCGGCGGCAGUGGUAGUGGCAGCGUACAGAUCCUGGAGGAGCUCUCUGCACCGGCCUUCUCCGCCCGCGCAGCCGGUGGUGGGGGCAACACGGCCCAGUCCAUCGCCAACUCGGCCCCUACCACCAAGAGCAGCAGCUCCAAUGGCGAGGGCGACUACCAGCUGGUGCAGCAUGAGAUCCUCUGCUCCGUGUCCAGCAGCUACGAGGUGCUGGAGUUCCUUGGCCGCGGGACCUUCGGACAGGUCGCCAAGUGCUGGAAGCGUGGCACCAACGAGAUUGUGGCCAUCAAGAUCCUCAAAAACCACCCUUCAUAUGCACGUCAAGGCCAGAUAGAGGUGAGCAUUCUGAAGUGCCUGAGUGCGGAGAACGCGGACGAGUUUAACUUUGUGCGCUCGUACGAGUGCUUCCAGCACAAGGGCCACACGUGCCUGGUGUUCGAGAUGCUGGAGCAGAACCUGUACGACUUCCUGAAGCACAGCAAGUUCAGCCCUCUGCCUCUGCGCCACAUCCGGCCCGUGCUGCAGCAGGUGGCCACGGCGCUCAUGAAGCUCAAGAGCCUCGGCCUCAUCCACGCCGACCUCAAGCCCGAGAACAUCAUGCUGGUCGACCCCAUCCGCCAGCCGUACCGGGUCAAGGUUAUCGACUUCGGGUCGGCCAGCCAUGUCUCCAAAGCAGUCUGUUCCACGUACCUGCAGUCUCGCUACUACAGGGCUCCUGAGAUCAUCCUGGGCCUGCCCUUCUGCGAGGCCAUUGACAUGUGGUCACUGGGCUGCGUCAUCGCCGAGCUCUUCCUGGGAUGGCCACUCUACCCCGGCGCCUCAGAGUACGAUCAGAUCCGGUACAUAUCUCAGACACAGGGUCUGCCAGCAGAGUACCUCCUGAGUGCUGGGACCAAGACCAGCCGCUUCUUCAACAGGGGCCCAGACUCCAGCUACCCGCUCUGGAGGUUAAAGACUCCGCUAGAGCACGAAGCCGAGAUGGGCAUCAAGUCCAAAGAGGCGCGGAAGUACAUCUUCAACUGCCUGGAUGACAUGAUGCAGGUAAAAGUUAAAGUAAACCUGUCCGCUCACCUGGAGGGAACGGACAUGCUGGCGGAGAAGGCUGACCGGCGGGAGUUCAUCGACCUCCUGAAGAGGAUGCUGCGCCUGGACGCCGAUAAGAGGAUCACGCCUUCCAAGACCCUCGCCCACCCGUUUGUCACGAUGAGCCACCUCCUGGACUUUCCACAUAGCUCCCAUGUCAAGUCAUGCUUCCAGAACAUGGAGAUCUGUAAACGCAGGAGCAGCUCGUACGACAGCGGGAAAACCUUGUUUGCUGCUAACACGGUCCCUGGAGCCGCGGGGAACCUUACCGUCACCUUCAGUAGCCAGCUCAACCAGCACAACCAGGUGCCGUCAGCAGGAGGCGCUGUGCCACUGCUGAACUACCAGCCGGCGCUGUACCAGCAGGCCACCAUCAACAUCCCGGGCCUGACGCAACCCAGCCUGCCCAUGCAGGCCCGCACUACACAGCUCUGCGGCCAGCCUGAGCCCUUCCAGCAGACCCUCAUCGUCUGCCCCCCCACCACUAUACAAGGGCUCCAGUCUUCCAGCAAGGGGUCCAGUUAUCCGGUGAGGAUGGACAACUCCGUGCCUCUGGGACAGCAGGGCCAGUCCUCCCAGCCUCUACAGCUCCAACCGGGCAUGCUCACACAGGGCUCCUGCACGCCUCUGAUGGUGGCCACCCUGCACCCGCACUCAGCCGGGGUGGCACCCCAGUACCCGCUGCCCCUGGCACUGGGCUGCGGGGGGCCCAGGCCCACCCUCCUGGAACAGACGGCCACUGUGCUGCAGGCCUGGCCGUCGGGCACGCAGCAGAUCCUGAUCCCGUCGGCAUGGCAGCAGGUCCCGGGCGUGGCCAUUCACAGCGGAGGGCACACAGCGGUUGAGUCGCCACUAGUGACCGAUGCGUCCGCCGCCCAGCACACACCCGGCUGGAGGGGCUCCCACAGUGGUCAGCACAGCGGCGUGUUGCAGCAGAACCCUCACAUCCUGGGUGGCCAUCUGACCCUUGACCCCACGCAGUCACUGGGCAGAGGGGUGGGGCACGGUGGGCGGUCCCAACAAGAGAGGGGUGGGGGCAAGAGGAACAGGGGGCGGCGCCAGGAGAGCAGGAACAGCGGUCCUCUGAUUGGCACACCAGCGUACACCGCCACACUCUCUCAGCCAAUCGUCAUCUCAGACACACCUAGCCCUGCUGUCAGUGUCAUAACCAUCCACAGUGACACUGAGGACGAGGAUGAAAGGAAGUUUCACCCAGCGAGCUGUGGCCCCAACCAGCGUGCAAAUGUCAUCAGCUGUGUGACGGUGCACGACUCUGAUUCGUCCAGCCCCCUGACCCCGCGACCUCGGCACGCCCUCCUGCGUGGAGGGUCCACCCGCGGGUCCAAGUCUCUGGCGGUGGUGGCGCCCUCCGUGAAGACGCAGCAGGGAGAGGGCACCACUUCUAAAGGGGCGUCCAUCACAGGUAAUUCCCAGAGCGGCUACCUGAAGCCCAAGCGUGCUGCCACCAGGCAGCCGUGCAGCUCCGGAGAGAGUGUGGAGCGCCACCUGCAGGCGCCCAGCAGAUCACAGCCGCUGAACCUCAGCCAGCCCACUCUGGUGUCCUCCUCUUCCUCUUCCUCCUCAUCGUCCUCCUCGUCUCAGGAGCGAGGCAGCGGUGGCGGCUCACUUCGUCGGCAGCACACCUAUCCGCCGGCGGGCGUCCCCCCCACCUCCUCCUCCUCCUCUUCCUCCUCCUCCUCCCACGUCCACCCCCACUACCGGCUCCCCGAGGCGGUGGUGCCCUUCAGCACCGCGGCGUCCAGCCUCUACACCUACCCGGCGUCCGCUGCGCUGGCGUCCGCCUCCCACGCCAUGGAGCAGCUGCUCGUCCACAGCAGCAGCACCGCCUCGCCCGCCCGCUCCGCCGCCGCCCACUACCCCUCCGGCCUCGUCAAGGACCCCGUAGCCGCGGUGGUGCACGGGCUCCCUGCCCAGUACCAGCAGAGCUUCCCUGGGCACCCCUACGUGAGCGGAGGGGGCGGCCGAGUCGAUGCCGCCUAUGGCGGGUACCAGUUGAGCCCGCGCAGACUGACUCAGUACCCCUACCUAUGAGCCUUCAGGCUGGAGGAGGGAUGUGGGGGUGGGGCAUGGGGAGGGAGGGGGCACAUGAGACCACACCACCCCCCCCUCAUCACUCACACCCCCACCCAACCCCACCCCUAACGCCUCCUUCCACCCAAUCACCUCGUUGGCACACCUGUAAGGAUUUCAAGGAAACUGCUGCGUUUCUUUUAUAAAACAGACCUGGCUCAGCUUUAACUGGUUUUACACAUACUAUUUAACAAUUUUAGAGAGAAAAAAAAAAGAAACUUUUUAAGACAUUGGUAUUUAGAAUUAUUAUAUUUUGCCAUUAUCAAUUUGUAUUUUCACUGAAUGUUUUUGUUUUCUCUUUUUUUUUUUUUUUUUUUUUUAGUUACAUUUGCUUUUAAAAUAUAAGGUAUUGUAAUAGAACAUCCUCAUUUAAAUGCUGACAAGUGUACUGUUUUACUGAAACUGUUUUAUUUUUUAGUGCAAUAGAGAAACACUAUCCCUGUGUUGUUGUUGUAGGAAACCAGAGAGACUAUAACUAAGAUGGCUCCUGGUUUCUUGUGGCAGUUAAACAGGUUUCACACUAACCUCCCCCUCCUCUCCUGUAGUCGUAGUCUUGCCCCAACUCUCAGUAGUGUCACUGGUGUUUUCUGUGUUUUGUGUUUUUUGUGUCAUGUUUUGAUUUACCUGCUAUAUCUCUCUCAUUUCAUCGUUUUCUCUUAAAUUAUGUUUUCCCUGCUCUGGAUGCCUGUGAGUGUCGUUCACCGAACUUCUGACGACGCUCACGGUGAUUUAACGGGGGGGAUGAAAUGGACGGAGGUUUGGGAAGAGGAGCAGGAUGACUCUGUUCACGCUGAGCAGACUGGGACUUAUGUGGCGUAAUUACUUGAAUCAUAUAAACUGCAGGUGAACCGUAGCUGCAAGAGCAAUAGAGGACGUUAGUCUUGAAGCCUGCUUUGACAGAUGUCUGGGUGGUUGGUUUGUUUGGAAUGUCUACCAUGUUGAAAUGUUAAGAUCUUUCCCCAUCUUGAUUAAUUCAUGUUUGGAGGUGGAAGAAGGAAGAAAAAAAAAAGUGUCCGCUGGGUUGGAAAACAUCUCCCAAAGUGAUUUGUGCUCCUUGCGUAUGUGUAUAAAAAUGACAUGCUCUAGUUAGAAAAUUGUCCCCCCCCCCCCCCUUUUUUGAGUUUCCUUGUGUCUGUCCUAUAAAGUACCAUAGGAAACCAUUUUGUCUAAUUGUUAACCCAGUUCCUUUCUGUAUCUUGUACCCAAAGAACUUCACUGGUGUAGUUUAGAGUCCAAGUAUUCAGCACCUCACACUCUAUCAUGGUACCGUCAGGCCAUAGCCCUGGAACAAAACACAUACGGACACACGGCCUCCAUCCCACAUUCCUUGUUUAACCUGUUCAUUUGAUCCUGUCCAUACCUGGUAUUUCAGUAAGAAUUGUAGAACAGCGCAGUCACAUUUGGUCAAUAAAAAGAAACAUGACUCUA